AUGUUAUCCCUUUAUUCCACAAGCUUAUCCCUUCACUUCCCCACAAAAAUAAUAAACAAUCUCAUAACUACAAAAGCAAUACUCCCACCUCUCUUCAAUCUCAGUAACCAACACAAACACCAAACUUCACCCAUCCCUUCAAUUUUCCGCCUCUGUUUCUUCCAUCAACACAGCAGUCUCACAACCCAUUCCGCUAACCCACCUGCAAACUGUAUACUCCCUCUUCCUCACCUCACUACAAACUCCCUCUGUAUACCCAAUCUUCAUCCAUCAAUUCACUCAGCAACAUCCUUCAAUUUCUGUACAACAUCCAUCGUUAACAUCCAGCAAUCCACCUUUCUGAUUCACCUACAACAACCGUCAUUUCAAUUUCUCAAUCGCAGAACAACAGCUGAUACUCCUCCAUCCUAA